AUGGCAACUGACAUGUACUUGGCUGAUUUAUAUGGUGCCAGUUCUUGUAUGUGAUGUGACUGAGUUAAUACGCUUGUGUGUAUACACACAUAACGGCUGUCGUGUUUCUGAGAAAUCAGGGUUCUGUAAAUAAUUGGGUGAAAAUGCGGAUCAUGGUUUUUUAUAGUUUGCCCGUGUCUUCAUCAUUUAACGGGUUAAGAAGUACGUGCAGCGCAGAUAUUUCCAGUAAUAGGCAGCCGGGCGAGCGGUAAGCAGGUGGAUAGUGGCCGGUCCGCCUACUUUGACGUCAGAGGGCGUGGCUUGGUUUGCCGGCCGGGGAUUUUAUUAGGAGCUGCAGCGUGAGCGGAGAUCAGAGCAGGUUGGUGGAGUAAUCGAGCGACGGCUUUGCUAGAGAAGAGACUGAAUUCUCGUCGCAAUUUACGUAGCGUUUGUGUUCCUUCAUGUUCGCCCCAGGGGAGUACUGCUAGUUCGCUGAGAGUGGCUGCGGCUUUUGAAUCCGAUAAACGAGAAUCGGAAGUGUUCGGUGCAAGAAAAGGGACUCGUUUUUUUCCGUGUGUGUUUGAUCGGGCCGUUGCUACGAUGCUCGUGGAGUUAACGCAGAACAGGAUCCAGAAGAUCUGGCUUCCCAGGAACGAGUUACCACCGCUGCCUAUCAAUGUAGGUGGGCCUCAGUUUGCCAAUUCCCCAACAGUGAUCGUAAUGGUGGGGCUCCCAGCAAGAGGGAAGACUUAUAUCUCCAAAAAGCUGACCCGUUAUCUAAACUGGAGUGGUGUCCCAACAAAAGUGUUUAACGUGGGAGAAUACAGGCGUGAAGCUGUGAAAGAUUUCAGUUCCCAUGACUUUUUCCGUGCAGACAAUAAAGAAGCUAUGAAAAUCAGAAGACACUGUGCCUUAGCUGCCUUAGUAGAUGUUAAAUCCUAUCUUACCAAGGAAGGUGGACAGAUUGCUGUCUUUGAUGCUACCAAUACAACAAGAGAGAGAAGAUCCAUGGUUGUUGAUUUUGCCAAAGAGAAUAAGUUUAAGGUGUUUUUUAUUGAAUCAGUGUGUGACGAUCCAGCUGAUGUUGCAAGCAAUGUUUUGGAAGUAAAGCUGUCCAGUCCUGACUACAAAGGUUGCACAUCCAAUGAAGCACUGGAAGACUUCAUGAAAAGAAUUAACUGUUACAAGAACCGUUAUGAACCUCUUGAUCCAGAUCACCAUGACCGGGACCUUUCCAUGAUCAUUGUGAUUGAUGUUGGGAGAAGAUUUUUGGUAAACAGAGUUCAAGAUCACAUACAGAGCAAAAUUGUGUACUACCUAAUGAACAUUCACGUACAGCCUCGCUGUAUAUAUCUGUGUCGGGCUGGGGAGAGUGAAAGCAACUUGAAUGGAAAAAUUGGAGGAGAUUCUGGUCUGUCACAUAGAGGAAAGAAGUUUGCUGUUGCCCUGAAUAAAUAUAUUGAGGAUCAGAACUUAAAAGAGCUGAAGGUGUGGACAAGCCAGCUAAGGAGAUCAAUUCAAACCGCAGAAGCACUGAAGUUGCCUUAUGAGCAGUGGAAGGCUUUAAAUGAACUUGAUGCUGGUGUAUGUGAGGAGAAGACUUAUGAAGAGAUCAAAGAACUGUACCCUGAAGAGUAUGCACUGCGUGCUCAGGACAAAUAUCAUUAUCGAUACCCAUCAGGAGAGUCCUACCAAGAUCUGGUUCAGCGCUUGGAGCCUGUUAUCAUGGAGCUGGAAAGGCAGGGAAAUGUCCUCGUGAUUUGUCAUCAAGCUGUCUUGAGAUGCCUUCUGUCUUACUUCCUGGACAAACCAGCAGAUGAAAUGCCUUAUCUCAAGUGUCCACUGCAUUCUAUGCUUAAGCUGACUCCCUUUGCAUACGGUUGCCAUGUAGAAACAGUGCCGUUUAGUGUGGAUGCUGUAAACACGCACCAGGAUCGCAUAAUAGAGGAUUGCAAGAAAGGUCCUACCCCCCUGAUGAGACGAAAUAGUGUGACCCCACUUGCCAGUCCAGAGCCAACGAAAAAAGCCAGAAUCAAUAGUCUUGAAGAUUUUGCUGCAUGCUCAUCUUAUGGCUGCACUUCUCAAGAAGCACCAUCUGGACAGCCUUUGCUAGGAAAGGCUUGCCUGGCAUGAACCAGCAUAAAAUAUGUCUUUAUGGAUAAUCAGUCAUACCAGUGGACCCCUAAUGCUACAUUCCAUAUUUUAUUACUGAAGCUUGCCUUGCUGCUUCAUGAUAUUGGCUGAAAAUCAGAAGACGAUACUUGUGUCUUACCAUAUGAAAUUGGCGUGGAAAUAAGCUUUUUUUUCAGUUAGGGACAUUAAAAAGUUGGACUAAGAGUCCCAUGUCAUUUCAGUGGUGGAGUGCAAAGCAGGACUACUUGACCUCUGCCACAUUUUUGUUUUAUAUUUUAUAUAAAAUGUGUAUAUUUUUAUGUUUUCCAGUAAUAAUAAUUGUUAAGCUUACAUUUUUAUUUCACUUUUCAUUCUAUUACAAAUUUCACUAUUUUAAUGUAUUUAGAGAAAAGAGAGACAGAAAUGUUAAAUCUCGAAUCUUAAAGAGCCAAUUACCUUAUUUCUACCCCCACUACUAAACUUGCAAGGAUUUUACUUUAUGUUGUAGAGGGUUUCCCCACCAUAUCUGCCUGACAUUCAAAGUAUGACUUGGUUUGCAAUCGAAUACCUGAUUGCUUAGAACAUUAAAAUAUCACAAUUUCCCUUGUGAGAUCAGCAAAGUUAUUUUAGUACACGUAAUGCCUCUUGCCAGUGCAAAUCUGAGCUUAAUAGGGCAUUUUUAUGGAACCCUUUCAAAAUAACAAUUUCUCUUCAAUUUUCAUCUGAUCUGAGAUUUAUUACAUAGGUGUCUAGAUUAAUAACCUUCUAAAAUCAUAAUGAGGCCAGCAUGAUUCUAGCACCCCGUUUUUGUUUUGGCAGAACAUGAACAUGAUCCUAAACAUCCUAAAAUGUAAUUUUAUUUAUUUAUUUAAUGGCCAGUGUGAAUGUCAAAGUUAUGUGGUGGAAUAUAUUCCAGAACUAGUUUAUCUACUCCUGUUAGAACAGUAUUAUUCCUAAAUGUUUUCUAUUCCCUGUCAACAUUUAGAGUCUUUUUGUGUCUCCCUGUGUGAUUAUAAUUGCUAUUAAUAUACAGGGAAAGACCACUUUUGUGAUAUAUUCUAAAGAUUUCUUUAUUGAAUAAGGGUCUCACAGAUGCAUAGUUGCACUUUAACGGUUGGGACAGGGUUAUGAGGUGCACCUUUUUAUGUACAGCCAAUGAUAGUCAUGGCAGAAACUUGAUUGUAGCUGAUGCUUAGAGAUACAUGGCAGCCUUGUGGAUUUGAAAAGGUGAUCUGGUUCACAUGUAUGUCGACCACAAUUCACUGCUGCUCUAGGGUGAUUUACUUUAAUGUGUGUUAAUUCAACACGGCUUCUGUGGGUAUAAUAACCAUGGUAGUACUAAUUGGCAAACUGUUUAUCUUAAAUGGUGGAGUGACUUUUUUUGUGUGUGAAUGUAUAGGGAUGAAGGUUGUUUUGUGUUGCUAUGUACUUCAUGCAUUUAAAUAGAAAAACGUGUGCAGUUAUAUAUUCCCUGAAAACCUAUAGUGGCGUUUCUGUCACCAAAACCCUUAGAGGAUCACUGGAUAGUGUGUGUGUAUAUGUGUGUGUUUGUUCAGAUUAAUGGGUAGUGCAAUAUGGGAUUCUGCCCAGUUUUCAAAUUUGCACUAUAAGGUUUCCAGUAUACACACUGGGAUUCCAAAUUGUUAAAUGUAAGCAAUUCAGAUUUUGUCGGUUCUGCUUGUCUUUGCAAAGAAAAAAUCGUUAUUGCAAGCCUAAAACAUCUCUUUCUUAUCCAUUUUAUUGGUACUGACAUGCACUAUUUUGGAUGCAUUACUUCAUGUUGCUUAAAUAAUCAUAUAGUUUUUUUGCCUGCUGUUCAUACCAGGGGGACUUUAAGUCUUAACUAUAUGUACCUGUUUGACUGGGAGAAGCACAGGCUCAUUUAUAUCUCUUUUGUUGUUUGUUAGAUUUGUAAUUCGUUAACAUUAUUAUUUUUUCUAAUUGGUUAACAUUAUUAUUUUUAUAUGUUAGUUGCUAUUUAUUUAAUGUAUACAAUUUUGCUUAAAAAAAUGUUUGUUUUUAUUUCAUACAUGAUCUGUUCAUUGUAUUUUGUGUUUGCCUUCUCCUGGCAUAACUGACUGAGCUAAAAGCUUUGUCAGAUUACUUCAGAUAUUUGUAUAUUUUGCAGUUCCUGGACCAAUAAAGUCUUGUUGUUUUA